AUGGCCUCGGGGUUCUGUUACUUCUCAUACCCCACGCUAUACGUCCUCCUCCUCGACCUCUUGGGCCUGGUGAGGUACGCCAUCUUCGUUGUCUCCAAGCAUCUUGGCUUUCUCUUCAGGCGUUCGGAUGCAGAAUCUCCCACCGGGGGCAUCACUCGUCCAGUUCCGCACACGGAAACGAGGCCGCUGUUGUCGCCGACGUCGCUGAAAGCGAGGCUACCGGUGGUGAAGUUCGAGAGCCUCGUCGAGAGGUGGGCGGCGCAGGAGGAACGGAGAGAGCAUGUUUGUGUUAUUUGCAUGCGAAGCUUCGAGGGAAGCCAUGAGGUGAGGGAGCUCAGCAACUGCGCUCAUGCCUUCCACACGGCGUGUCUCGACUCAUGGAUGGAUGAGGGCCGAUGGACGUGCCCUUUGUGUCGAUCGUACCUGUCGUCGUCUUAG